CCUGUUGCUGAGCCUGUUGCUGAGCCUGUUGCUGAGCCUGUUGCUGAGCCCGUCGCUGAGCCUGUUGCUGAGCCCGUCGCUGAGCCCGUUGCUGAGCCCGUCGCUGAGCCCGUCGCUGAGCCCGUCGCUGAGCCCGUCGCUGAGCCUGUUGCUGCUGAGCCCGUCGUUCAGACUGAGACCAUCAGUGAGACCGUCACUAUGGUUCCACACGAUGCUCCAUCUACUGUGGUGGAGGCACCUGCUCAGAACGCUGCAGAGGAAUCUAUCGCUGAAAAGCCUACCGAGCAAUCUACCGAAGAACCAGCUGCCGCCGAGCCUGUCGCUGAGACCCCGGCACCAGUUGAGCCCGCAGUCGAAUCCGUUACAGAAGAAACUGUUGCAGAGUCUGUCUCCGCAGAGACGGCAGCUGAACCUACUGAAGAUAAGGCUACCGAAGUGACCGCGACUCAAGAGUCCGAGCCCGCUAUUGUUGAGGAGACACUCGUUCAAAAGGAACCAGAGACAGUUGCCGACGUCGCUAAGCCAGUUGAGGAUGCACAGGUCAAGGCGGAUGUCCCUGAAACCCAGGAGCCCAUCUCCUCCGAGCCCGCCAAGGAGGAAACCCCAGUUCAAGAGGAACAAGCUGACAGCGCAAAGGACAGCAUCUUGACCCCCGAAGUCAUUGGUGCUGGAGCUGCUGCUGCCACUGUCGUCGGCGCUGCCGCGGCUGGCGUUGCUUUGGCAUCUGACAAAGAGCCAGAGGUUCAACCCAGCAGUGAUAAGAUCGAAGCUUCUCGAUCUGCUCCGGAAUCGCAGGCCACAGACAGUAAGCAGAACCCAUCGCCGACCGAGCAAGCGCCAUCAACCCUUGACCAUUCAGCUGAUCCAGCCCCUACAGCGCCCAGCAAACCUGCAGAAUCGAGCGAGGAAGCGUCGUCGAAGGCCGUGGAAACCCCCGCCGUCAACGAAUCGAGCCAGCAACCCGAACCUGCUGCUUCAUCCCCUGAGGCUGUUGCCGACAAAUCCGUGGCCAGCAAGGGCGCCGAGGACAUUCGUCCCACGAGCCAGAACCAGAACCGGUCAGUCACCGCUGUUUCCCAGAACAUCAACCAAGACAGCUGGUUGAAGGCGAUCAUGCGCUCCGUCUUUUCCAACUUCUUCAAAGCCAUCUUCUCACCGUUUCGACGUCGCGGAAAGGCAUCCAACAAAUAA